AUGCCGGAUAGACAUAAGCUUAAGUUAUUUUCACAUUUUAAGCACCCAUCUCAAGACGAUUUGUCACCGUCAACGUCGAAUCAGUCACAUUCGGGAGGACGCAAGAUAUUGGGGAUACACUUGGGAAAACACGAUUCUGUAGAAUCUUUGAGUUCACCAACAUUAACUAAUUCAUCGGAACAUCAUGGUGGUAAUGCAGCCCCUUCAUCUCAGCCCCCAAUGCAUACAAAUGCAUCAAGAGAUGAUCCAAAUCAUAGUUUCACGAAAGCGAACUCAAUGGUGGAAUUGAAGCGUUUCUUUAAGCCAGGGAGAAAGAAUUCAUUAUCCAAGAAAAACGAGCAAAAUACCUACAAUAACCAAUUGCAUUCUCCACCAGCAAUCGCUGGAGCAAAUAAUAGCACUACGAAGGACUUGUCAUCAACAUCUCUUGCGAACUUAAUCAACCAAACGUCGACACAUUUGCUUAACAAUGCAUCACACGUCAGCACUCUGAAUAAAGAUCCGUUUACUGACGAUGAAUCUACCUUGGUUAGAAAAUAUGGUAAGCUAGGAAAGGAACUAGGAAGUGGAGCAGGUGGAUCAGUUCGGCUUAUUAUCCGUCCUUCUGAUUCCAAGACAUUUGCAGUGAAGGAGUUUAGACCUCGUAGGAACACGGAAUCUUUGAAAGAUUAUACAAGAAAAUGUACGGCAGAAUAUUGUAUCGGGUCUACGUUGAAAAAUCCUAAUAUAAUUAAAACCAUUGAUAUACUACACGAAAAUAAUAGAUACUUUGAAAUUAUGGAAUAUGCACCCAUCGACUUUUUUGCUGUUGUUAUGAGUGGAAAGAUGUCUAGAAAUGAAAUAAAUUGUUGUUUAAAACAAAUUUUGACUGGUGUUAGCUAUAUACACUCAUUGGGAUUGGCUCACAGAGAUUUGAAAUUGGAUAAUUGUGUUUUAACUAAGGAUGGGAUUUUGAAAAUCAUUGAUUUUGGUAGUGCAGUAAUAUUUAGAUAUCCUUACGAUCAGCAUGGGAACCACAAGGAUAGUGUUCACCCAUGUCAUGGAAUUGUUGGUUCUGACCCUUAUUUGGCACCAGAAGUUUUGAAGAAUCCUAACUCUUAUAAUCCUCAACCAGUUGAUUUGUGGUCCAUUGCCAUUAUAUAUUGCUGUAUGACAUUGAAGAGAUUCCCAUGGAAGAUACCUAAUGCAGACAAAGAUAACAGCUUCAAAUUGUACUCUAUGCAAGACGAUAAUUGGCAUGACUACGAGUUGAGUAACGAGUGCCAUAAGCUUUUAUUACAACAACGUAAAUUGAAGAAUAUGAUUGCAAGGCUGAACAGAAAAAGGAAAAUGCUAGAGGAAAACUCAGAAGGAGACUUCAAUGAGAUAAGUCCACAGGAAAAUGAAGAAAAGCCAGGCGAAUAUGACAUGAGAGACGAUCCUAAAGAAACAUCGAAAGAUGCACCAGAGGAUAAAAAUUUAGAUGACGUAGAGGUAUUAACAGAAGAACAAACUCAGGAUAUAGUUGCCCAAUUACGCAUAAUUGAUGACAGGUUAGAGCAAUAUGAAGCUAAAAAGAAUGAAAUGAAAUCAAAAUUCAAUGAAAUGAAGCAAGAAAAACACGAAUCUUACCAAGAUCAUGAAAAUGAAGAGACCACACAAAAUGCAAGUAAUUCAGAGAAAGACAGAGAUUCGUCAUCCCAUCAUGGCAAGAAGAAACAAUCUCAUAAACAAAUUCAUGGCCCUUAUAGAUUAAUGAGAUUAUUGCCUCACGCAUCGAGACCUAUAAUACGUAAGAUGCUUCAAAUUGACCCGCAUAAGAGAGCUUCCUUAGAAGAAAUUAUGGCAGACGAAUUUGUUCGAGAGAUUAAGUCUUGUACCUUGAAAAAGUUUAUCCAUGCUAACAAUGAUAGAGUUCCUUGUAACGAGGAAGAGGAAGAAAUCGUGGUUAAAGGUACUCCUGCUCAUGAACAUACUCUUGUAUCUGAUAAUGGUGAAGUAAUUAAUGCAUAG